AUGUCAUCAUUAAAUAAAUCAAUUGGAAGUGUUACAGAAUCACCAAUUAAUGUAGUAGUUCAUAAUUAUGAUAAUAAUGACCCAACAGAAACUAGACAUGAAGUUCAAACUAAACAUGGUAAAUUAGUUUGUUUUCAAAAAAUAGGUUCAAAUCAAUCACCAAAUAUGCCAACAAUAAUUUCUUAUCAUGAUUUGGGAUUAAAUCAUACAACAUGUUUUUCACCAUUUUUCAAUCAUCCAAAUAUGAAUCAUAUUUUACCAUAUUUAAAUAUUAUUCAUAUCGAAGCACCAGGUCAUGAAUUUAAUGCAGAAACCAUUCCAUCAUCACAAUAUCCAUCAAUUACUGAAAUGGCUGAAGACAUUCAAUAUGUUUUAGAUUAUUUUAAGGUUAAAGUAUUUAUUGGAUUAGGUGCAGGUGCAGGUGGUUGUAUUUUAACACAAUAUUCAAUUUUUUAUCCAAGAUCAGUGGUUGGUUUAGUUUUAGUUGGUUCAGUUAUUAAAUCAUUUAGUUGGUUAGAUUGGGUUAAAUCAUGGGUUGAAUUAACAACAUUACCAUCUUUAAAAAAUCCAACUGGUGUUAGAAAAUAUCUUAUUGAUCAUUAUUAUGCUGAUAAUUUAGAAGAAACCAACCCAGAUUUAUUAGAGAUAAUUAAAAAGGAAAUGGUUUUAAUUAAUCCAGAUAAUUUAUAUCAUUAUGUUCAUUCAUUUGUAAAGAGAGAUGAUAUUAAAGAAGAACAAAUUAAAGCAUUAGGAUGUAAAAUUUUAUUAGUAGUUGGUAAAGAUUCAACAUAUAAAGAGGAUAUCAUUGAUUUAUUCUCACAAUUUAAUCCAAGAAAUUCAACUAUUCUUCAAGUUCCAGAUUGCGGUAUUUUGGUAACUGCUGAGAAACCAGGUGAUAUCGUAGAACCAUUUAAAUUAUUUAUGCAAGGUAUUGGUUUCUUAUUGGAUUAUUAUCAAAGUCAUGACGAUGCUCAAAAAUAA